GGCAUAUCCACGUUUCCUCUGCGGUCCAUCAAACAACUAAUAAUUCAAUGGCGACGUAAUAUCAAUGACAUGAAAAAGAAACACCAUGUAGGUACGCGCGCCCUUGUUCUUGCUACGGUGCUGAUACCUAUCUGUCUUAUCGUGGCUGCAGCUUCUGUCGGUCAGACAUCCCGAGCAUGCCCUGCGCUUCUUCACGGCUCAAGCUAUUCAUCCGUACACCUACUUGUACAUCCCAAUGUCUGGGCAUUCGAUUUAUCACGCCUGGAUCCCCCGAAUGUGUGGCCGAGUGUGGAUGUUGUGGAGCUCGGCGUUCCACUCAUGCUGGUCCGCCAAGUAGAUAAGCCUUCUGUCCGAGUCUACCCCAUGGGUUCGGUGGCUCGCCACGAAAACGUUACGAUACAGAAACAUGGACUGCUCGCUUUCCCCAACGGCCUUGGCACUUUUCCCCUCAUGGCGAGAGGGGAAAGGGAAGCUUUGGCCAGCCUCUCUGCACCAAUCAGCCAGUGCCGGCGCGGUGCGACUGUGUGCCAUCAAUAGGUCACGUAGGGCGCACUCAUGCAACGCGCUCCUCCUGUCUUUGCAGAUCCCAGGUCUCCUUCGGAGAGUCCCUGAUUACACAGUACACGACUAGAGAAGAGACGGGAGAAUAAGAGAGUUUCGAGGUGGGGGGGGGGGGG